GUAGAGGAGGCACCAGCAGAUGGCAGCGCUGAAACUCGACAGGUUGCAAAAGCACCCAGCGUUGAAUGUCAGUCAGACCCGAAGGCUGUCCAGGAAGCGUCUCCAGAUCCGCAGGUGGUGGAGAUCCCCGCCAUUUCAUCGACAGGAGAUGAGACUGGACGCCACCAAGUCUCUUCGAGUCUGGCCAAGGUUGAGCCAGAAGCGCCGCCUCGUUCCUGCGCUGGUGACAAGCGCAUUGCUUCCGCUCAAGAACUCUUGCUUGACGAGGUAGACAUGGACCGGGCCAUGCAAGAUGAAAUGCGUACCAAGAUGUCUGGGGGAAGAAAACCAAAGCAAGGACAGGAUGGAGAGGAUGGGUCUGAUGAUGACAUGCCUCCCUUGAAGCGCCCGGCUGGAAAGUCUGCUGGAAAGCCCAGAGCCCCACGAGGGGAAGCAAAGGCCAAGGCCAAAGGAAAGCCGAAGCGAGUCGAAGACAAGAAGAAUGGGGCUCGCGAGACUGAUGCUGAUGUGGAGAAGGAGGAGGGUGGGAAAAUGACACCUAAGGCCGCUUGCAAGCGGAAGGCCAAGAGAGGCCAUGAAGACAAGGCGGAUGAAGAGCGGGCGCAGCUGCAGUACUUGUUAGAGAAGUACGGGGGCGAGAUGGGCAAAGGCAAGACCAAGAGACAGGCGAAGGACUCAAGCGCAACGGCUGAGAAGCCACCGUGCAAGAAGAACAAGAAGGAACAUGAGAAGGCAGAUGAGAAACCGAAUCCCACAGCAUCCUUUGCCCGGCGGUACCAGCCCAAGAACCCAGUCAAAGCCCAGUGGUGGCUCGCUCUCCGUUCAGCCUUUGCCUCACACGUCAAGAGC